AUGGCAAACCCGGAAGAAUCCUCCACAUUAGAACUCAUAAGACAACACCUUCUCGGAGACUUCACCUCCACGGACGAUUUUAUCAGUAAUCUUGAGUCCAGUAUAGCCAGUAUCUCUGUCAAACUAGGGAACUCCCUCUCUGGGUCUGAAUCCAACUCCUCAAUAUCCGACCAAAAUUACUAUAGUGGCCAAGAAACCUAUAGCUUUGAAAUAAAACCUGAAAUCAUAGACUUGACACCUCCUGAACCCAUGUUUUCAUGUUCAAGUAAUCAGUCCCCACCAUCUGAACCUGUAAAGAUGGCAGAUAAAGAGGAGACAACAAUAAGGCAUUACAGAGGGGUCCGAAGAAGGCCAUGGGGAAAGUUUGCGGCAGAGAUCCGUGACCCAUCCCGGAAGGGUAGUCGGGUUUGGUUAGGUACUUUUGACAGUGAUGUUGAUGCUGCAAAAGCUUAUGACUGUGCUUCGUUCAAAAUGAGGGGCAGGAAAGCUAUCCUGAAUUUUCCUUUGGAGGCUGGGCUAUCCAGCCCGCCGCCGGCCACAGGCAGAAAGAGGAGAAGAGUGAAGAGAGAAGAGGUACUGCCAGUUUCUGUUGAUGUCUCACCGGAAAAUUGGAAUGUAGAGUCGAGUGGAGGCGAGGAGGGCGUUUCUGACGUGGAGCAACUGUCACCGUUAUCUCGGAAACCAGUUUUGCUUACGUAUCAAUAG